AGGCCGCGCGGCCUGAGGCGGAGCCCCGCCCACCACCCCGGCCUGCCCGCCUCCCAUUGGCCCGCGCGCCCGUCCGUCCGCCCAUGGCCGCGCCGGGCUGCGCAGCUUUCCUGGCUACCUCGGCGAGUGUGGGGCCGCCCUCGCCAGAGCGAGCCUGAGCUGGCGCCGGCUUCGGGAAGCUCGGCGGUGAGCAAGGCCGGGCGGCGCCGGGAAGCCGAGCAUCGCGGGACGGACGGACCGGCGGGGCGCACGGGCGGCAGGGCCGCGGACCUCUCCCGGAGCAACACCACCUGUCGCGGGUGAGACGCGGUGAAAGAAAAGAUGUUUUCCCGGUUGAGAGUAGCCACCACUCCAUGUACUUUGGCAUGUCGUCGUCUACACAGGAAAGAGAAAGGCAAGCCACUCAUGUUGAAUCCAAGAACAAACAAGGGAAUGGCAUUUACAUUACAGGAGCGACAAAUGCUUGGUCUUCAAGGACUUUUACCUCCUAAAAUAGAGACACAAGAUAUCCAAGCCUUACGAUUUCAUAAAAACUUGAAAAAAAUGACCAGCCCUUUGGAAAAAUAUAUCUACAUAAUGGGAAUACAAGAAAGAAACGAGAAACUGUUUUACAGAAUACUACAGGAUGAUAUUGAAAGUCUAAUGCCAAUUGUGUACACACCCACAGUUGGUCUUGCCUGUUCCCAGUAUGGACACAUCUUUAGAAGACCUAAGGGAUUAUUUAUUUCAAUCUCAGACAGAGGUCAUGUUAGAUCAAUUGUGGAUAACUGGCCAGAAAAUCAUGUUAAGGCUGUUGUGGUGACCGAUGGUGAGAGAAUUCUGGGUCUUGGAGAUUUGGGUGUCUAUGGAAUGGGAAUUCCAGUAGGAAAGCUUUGCCUGUAUACCGCCUGUGCAGGAAUACGGCCUGAGAGAUGCCUGCCCGUGUGCAUUGACGUGGGGACUGACAACAAAGCACUGUUAAAAGAUCCAUUUUACAUGGGUUUGUAUCAGAAACGAGAUCGUUCGCAGCUUUAUGAUGAUCUGAUUGAUGAGUUUAUGAAAGCAAUCACUGAUAGAUAUGGACGGAACAUACUCAUUCAAUUUGAAGACUUUGGAAAUCAUAAUGCAUUCAGGUUCUUAAGAAAAUAUCGAGAAAAAUAUUGUACCUUCAAUGAUGAUAUUCAAGGGACAGCUGCAGUUGCUCUAGCAGGUCUUCUUGCAGCCCAAAAAGUUAUCAAUAAGCCAAUCUCAGAGCAUACAAUCCUAUUUCUUGGAGCAGGAGAGGCUGCUCUUGGAAUUGCAAAUCUGAUAGUAAUGUCAAUGGUGGAAAAUGGCCUCUCCGAAGAAGAAGCACAAAAGAAAAUCUGGAUGUUUGACAAAAGUGGUUUAUUGGUUAAGGGGCGAAGUGCUCACAUAGAUCCCCAUCAGGAACCAUUUGCUCACCCAGUCCCAGAGUAUGUCCCUGAUACUUUUGAAGACGCGGUAAAUGUAUUGAAACCUUCAGCUAUCAUUGGAGUUGCAGGAGCCGGCCGGCUUUUUACUCCUGCUGUAAUCAAAGCCAUGGCGUCUAUCAAUGAAAGACCUGUGAUAUUUGCAUUAAGUAAUCCUACCACAAAGGCUGAAUGCACACCUGAAGAGGCUUAUACACUUACAGAGGGGAGAUGUUUGUUUGCCAGUGGCAGUCCAUUUGGGCCAGUAAAACUCCAAGAUGGAAGAGUCUUCACACCAGGUCAAGGGAACAAUGUAUAUAUUUUUCCAGGUGUGGCUCUAGCUGUUAUUCUCUGUGAAACCCGACAUAUCAGUGACAGUGUUUUCUUAGAAGCUGCAAAGGCACUGACAAGUCAAUUGACAGAUGAAGAGUUAGCCCAGGGGAGACUUUACCCACCACUUGGUAAUAUUCAGGAAGUUUCUGUUAAUAUUGCUAUUAAAGUUACGGAGUACCUGUAUGCUAAUAAAAUGGCUUUCCGAUACCCAGAACCUGAAGACAAGGCCAAAUAUAUCAGAGAAAGAAUAUGGCGAAGUGAAUAUGAUUCCCUGCUGCCAGAUGUGUAUGCCUGGCCAGAAGCUGCGUCCCGCCCUCCCCAGAUAACAGAGUAGAAGCGCUGUACAGUACUGUCCAUGCUUCAGGGAACGCUGCCUUGUUUUUUUUAAGGCAAAGAUAAUGUUCUCAUAUUUAAGAUGUGGCUGUGUUUUAUUCUUCCUCAUAUGAAUUGCUUGACUUAUUUUUUUCCCCAUGAAUCUACAUGUCUGUUGGAGAUAGAUUUGUUGAUGGCAAGGAAUUACCCUACAGUCAAAUAAUCACAGAAUGCUUUAGUCCCUAUGUUCGCCCAUAUAAGAGAUUUCAAAAAUGGUAUUUGUGGCUGUCUUCAUUUGUAUUCUUAUUCAUGCUUGCCAAGGUAUUUGUUCUUUACUGUUUGAGCUAAUUAUCUUCUCUCACCCACUUAUUUUGGGGGUAUUAAAGGAGAAACUUACUUCUGUGAGCAUGAGAAUUUUGAGAAGCUAGGAAAGAAAAAUUGUUACUAUCUAAAUAUAUAUAUAUGUAUAUUUUUUCUUUUAUCCUCAGGCUGUGAAACUCCUUUAUAGGAGACAGAUCUGGGAAAAAAUACGAAACAAAAACAAAAAUACAAAAAAAUAAAACCACCCUUGCUUAUUUUCUAGAACUGAAUCAAGGCUUAACUAACAUUUUGAGAGGGUAAUAAGAACUUAGGAACUACUGUUGCCUGUAGGCAAAUAAAACUCAUUUGAAAGAACAGUGUAUAAAAAUCACUUUUAUUUAAUAAUAAUACCAUAAAUUUAGGUUUCACUAUACUAUCUUAUUGCCCAGCUAGAAAUUUCAUUCUGUUUACAAUGAAAACACAUGGUUUCAUACUUUGAACUUCCAGCUGAUGGAGUAUGUGAUACUUCAUACAUACCUUAUGUCUAACAUCAUGUGACUUUUUGAAAAUAAAUGAUAGUCUUGUUUCACAUGUGAAUGAGUUGUAUUUAACUAGAGAGACUAAGCUAGAGAGACCAUACUGAAAAUCCUAAAGGAAAAUCCAAAAGUACCCGGACAAUUGAUAAGUUUGGCCUACUGUGAUAGUGUCUGACUACUGUGGGUACUUGGAGUGGACAAAAUUUCUAAAUGCUCACUGUAGACUAGUGACAAGAAUAAAAAAUGGUUACCUAUCAGCA